UUUUAUUUUGAUCUGUUGCCACACCCAUUAAUACUUACACUCCCCAACAUGCUGAGACCCAGAGAGGACUGGGAACCGACUCCGCUCGGUGACUUUGUGGCCCCCGAACACAGACCCAAGAAGCGAGUCAAAAUAGAGAGUGGAUCUGCAACUAUCAACGAUUCCGCCAAUCGUGCCACCGAUGGUGACAAUACCUACCUUCCCGGCUCGAUCAUCCGCGUCAAAGUUAAAAACUUUAUCACAUAUUCCAUCGCAGAGUUUCACUUGGGCCCGACGUUAAACAUGAUCAUCGGCCCUAACGGGACGGGCAAGAGCACGCUUGUCUCUGCGAUCUGCUUGGGGUUAGGCGGCAACGAGCGCUUGAUCAGCCGCAAGGACAUGAAAUCGAUGAUCAAGAUCAACGAGACGCAGGCCUCCAUCGAGAUUGAACUCAAGAACAAAACAGGCCCCAAUAUCGUCAUCAAACGCACAUUCGGCGAAAAAAAGUCGGUUUAUCGCGUGGACGGGCGCGAGGCGAACGAAAAGGCCGUCAAGAGCAUCUGUCACGGCUUGAACAUUCAGCUCGACAACUUGUGUCAGUUCUUGCCGCAGGAGCGUGUUGCAAACUUUGCGCAGAUGACGCAGGAGCAAUUACUCAAGGAGACGGAGCGCUCUGUCGGCAGUGGCGAUUUGUACACGAAGCACCAGGCGUUGAUCGACUUGGACCAGACACGCACUAUUGGUGCGGAGACAGUCGCCAAGGCCGAGGCGGAGUACGACGUAUUGGUCACGCAGCGCGCCAAGUUGGAGCAGAACGCAAAGAACUACGAAGCGUACCAGAUCAAACGUCGCGAGUUGGACAUCCACAAGAAGAUUCUUCCGUACGCGCGCUUGCAGGACAAGAUGGAGCAGUUGAAGGAGUUGAAGGCGGUGCGCGACGAAGCGAAACAGAACUUGGCGGAGUUUCGCGAAAACAAGCGGCCGUUUGUGAAUGAAUUGGAGAAGAAGCGCGUGGACUUUGCAGAAGCAGAGCAAGACCUCGCAGCCGCAGUCGCAAAGGCGGACGCGCUCGUAGGGGCGGCGCAGCGUGCGAAGCUUGCGAUUGCUGAGCUCGAAGAGCAGCUCACAACCGAGGCGGCGAAGAAGAAGAGCUUACAGGAGCGUGCGAUGCAAAAACGCGGCAAGCUACAGGAGGCGAUAGCGCAGAAAGAGGUCAUCUUGGCGGGAAAGGCUGAGGUCGAGGCCAAGGCUGCGCAGGCGCGAGACAUCACGGAAGCGAAAGCGCGGCGCGACGCGCUUCAUAGCGAGCGUUCGGAAUUGAGAGAGUCUCUUGACGAGCUUGAGCGCGCCCUCGGGCGGCGCGCACGUGAGCAGCAAACACGCCGUGGUGAGGUGGAGCGCUUGCGCUCGCGCUUGACGUCCAGCGACCGCAUUGGCGUCUUCGACCAGCAGCGCCACAAACAGUUUGGCGAAGCGAAACGUGCGCACCUCUUUCUCCGCGAGCUGGCAGCGCUCAAGGGUCGCUACUGGGAGUCACCGCUCAUGUCCUUGGACGUGCAACCCGCGUACGUGAAGGCGCUUGAGACGGUGGUGGACCUCGGGACGAAGGUGGCGGUGACGGUGACGGCAGAGUCGUACGCGGCGGUGUCGCGUGCAAUCUUCGACGAUGCAAAGAUCAACACGCCGAUCCGUACUGUCGGUACCAAAGCGCUCUCUCUGCCAAUGAGCGCGGAGCAAGUACGUACAUACGGCUUUGAUGGCUUUAUUGCAGACUUUGUCAGUGGGCCGAAGGCCGUGGUGCAAAUGUUGGGCGAGCAGUGUCAGAUCCACAAAAUUCCCGUGGCGUUGCGGCCGCUUAGCGAGGAACAACUCCGCACGUUGCAGACACCCGAUGCGAACGGUCGCAUCCUCUUUAUAAAGUUCAUCGCAGGCGACUUUAUGUACAACGUGAGCAAAUCCAACUACGGUUCGCGGCAGAUCAUGUACCGCACGCAGAGCGUGCUGACCUUCCAGACAUUUGGCUCCACCGGGUUGACGGAGGAGCGCAAGCGCGAGAUCGCGCGUGAGAUACAGCAAUACAAGGUGGACUUCGAACGUGCAAAGCUGGAGGAGGACGAGGUGCGCGCACAGGCGAGCGAGUUGCGAGACAAGUUGCAGGCGCUCACUACAGAGUACAAGGAGGUCCAUGAGGAAGUGCGGUUCGCAGACGGGGUCAAGGCGAGUCUUGAGAAAUUCGAGUUGCGGGUUAAGACGAUCAACGAGAAGAUCACCAAGUUGGAGGCGGAGUGCGCGCGCGACUAUACCGGCUACAUCCGGCAGUGUGAGCAGGCGAUCUAUGCGCUCCACUGCGCGCGCAUGGGUAAAGCGAUUGCGUGCGCGCAGGUGGCGCGCGAGAUGGCGCAUUUCGACGGCGACGUGGUACGUGCUCGUUACCGCCGUUUUGUGCACUUGAACAAGGUCACCACCUUGCAGAGCUUGUUGGACAGUGUGGACACGCAGCGCGAAAAGUUGGACCAGCGGUACCGCGCGGCACGCGAGGCGUACAACGCGGCGAAGAACGAGGACCUUUCAGACCUCCGCAACGAGCGCCACACCCUCUCCGAGGAAGAGCGUGAGUACAUGGGCAACAUCUGCAAGGUGUAUCUUGAGAAGCAGGAGUUGACGGAGGUGGAGAUCAACAAGAAGAUCAAGAAGAUCCGCGGCGAGUUGGAGAUGUUUCCCGACACGUCCGAGUCGGCGAUCGCCACGUUGCAGAAACACUUGGAGGAAAUUGCGCGUUUGGAAGAGGACUUGCCGCGGCUCAAGCAGCAGGCCGAGGCCAUUGAAGCAGAAAUCAAGACCAUCCAGACUAAGUGGGAGCCGCGGCUCGACAGUCUUGUAGCAAAGAUCUCCGCAAAGUUCGCCUCGACGUUCACCAAGGUUGCGUCUGCGGGCGAAGUGCGCGUUUUCAAGGCGCCGCUCUUCAAGGACUGGAAGAUGGAGAUCAUGGUCAAGUUCCGCGACGACUCCGACUUUGCCGUGUUGGACUCGCAUGUCCAGUCCGGUGGGGAGCGUGCGGUGUCGACCAUUUUUUUCAUGAUGGCAUUGCAGGGCAUCACCAACUUUCCCUUCCGCGUGGUGGAUGAGAUUAACCAGGGGAUGGACCCGCGCAACGAGAAGAUCGUGCACAAGCACUUAGUGGAGAAUGCUUGUGCCGGUGAGUUGACCUCCCAGUACUUCUUGGUGACUCCGAAAUUGUUGCAGGGGCUUUACUAUCAUCCGGGGAUGCGGUUACACUGUAUUGUGACAGGGCCGCAGCACGAUGAGAUCGAUGACAAUCCAGUGGAUCUUGGGUUUGGGGAUCUCCACCGGUAUGUCCAGGUUUGACAAGCGCCAUGAAACGAGGUUCCAUUGAACGAAGUGCCAUUGAACACCACCGGCAUGUCUAGGUUUGACAAGCACCAUGAAACGAGGUUCCAUUGAAUGAAGUGCCAUUGAAUGGUCCCUGCCAAUGCCCGUGUAUACGAAUACUAUGCUAUGUUCGUAAGUCGUAUAUAUCUGGAAUGAAAUAGUUGUCAUCAUAUUUUUAACCGAUAUCAGGCUAUAUGAAGUUAGAGAGGAGCUGUGCGUCA